AUGACCGCUAUGAUGACCGCCGCCGUGGCGGAGGUGGUGGCUAUGGUCGUUACGAUGAUUAUCGCCGAGAUGACCGUCGCGACCGUGGCUAUGGCCGUGAUCGUGAUGACGGGUACGCCCCUCGCGGAGUCGAUCGCUACGCACGCGAUGAUCGAUACAGCAGCCGAGGUGGUGAUGACCGUCCACGAGGCGGCGGAGGAUACUCUGACCGUUAUGACCGAGGUGAUCGUGGUUCUGCUCGUGAACCUGCUCCUGCAUCCAACUAUGGUGAUCCCGCUCCUCGUGGAGAGGCUAGAGAGCCAUACGGAGGUGGUGAGCGCCCUGCUCGUUAAAUUCGCACGAUCUCGAACGCGCAACCAUAGCUUUGGAUCGGCGGCUUUCAUUGAUGCAUGUGCUCUUUAA